AUGCAAGAUAUAAGAGAUAAGAUGAUUAACAUUAACAGUGAUAUUAAAGAUGGAAAAAUUACGAAAAAGAAAUCAACAGUUUCUUUUAGAAAACAUGUAAAUCCAAACAAACAAAUUAAAUAUAAUAGUGGUGAUCAAUAUGAUAAGGCAAUAACAUUAAAUAAAAAUACUGUUAGAUUAAAAAAAUCAUUUAGAGAAAAAAAUAGCAAUGUACAUAAACCUACUUUAAAUAAAAUUAAAAGCAAGCAUUUGAGUGGAAUAGAAUAUGUUUUUGGUAUAAAAGAUUAUGACGAAUUAGAAAAAAAACCUAAAAGAAAAAUAACUAGAGAAAAUUCUGAUUAUUUAAGAAUAAAAACAUUUUCUAAAAAGCCAAUGAAAAAAAGCAAAUCAAGAAUUAAACUUAUGAAUGAAAAAGGAGUCACGAAGGAAAAAAGAAAAAAUAUCUUUGAAUAUAAAGAGGGAGGGAAAAAAGAUAAAUACAAUAAAUUAAAGGAAGAAGAAAAAUAUGAGUACUCCAAAAAUAAGAGAAAUGAGAAUAUAUGUGAAGAUGAAGAUAAGAAAAAAGACAAAAAGGAAGACGAAGAAGAAAAAGAUGAAGAAGAAGAGGAAGAAGGAAAAAAAGGAGAAGAAGAAGGAGAUGAAGGGGAAGAAGAGGAGGAAGAUGGAGAAGAAGAAGAGGAAGGAGAAAAAGAAGAUAAAGAAGAGGAUGGAGAAGAAGAAGAUGAAGAAGAAGAAGAAGAAGAAGAAGGAAAAGAAGGAGAAAAGGAAGGAGAAAAAGGAGAAGAAGAAGUAGAAGAAGAAGGAGAAGGUGAAGUAAAAGGAGAAGAAGAGGAAGAAGAAGAAGGAGAAGAAGAGGAAGAAGAAGAAGGAGAAGAAGAUGAAGAUGAAGACGAAGAAGAAGAUGAAGAAGAAGAAGGAGAAGAAGAUGAAAAUGAAGACGAAGAAGAAGAUGAAGAUGAAGAAGAAGAAGGAGAAGGAGAAGAAGAUGAAGAUGAAGACGAAGAAGAAGAUGAAGAUGAAGAUGAAGAUGAAGAAGAUGAAGAUGAAGAUGAAGAAGAAGAUGAAGAUGAAGAAGAAGGAGAAGAUGAUCAAGAUAUAAAAGAAGAGAAAGAGAAGGAAGUAGAAUAUAAAGACAAAGAAGAGGAAUAUAAAGAAAGAGAAAAAUAUAGUAAGGAGGAAUAUAAGCAAAAAGAACAUAAAGUAGAAUAUAAAAAAGAUGAGAAAAUAUUAAAAGAGGAAAAAAAAAAGAUAAAAGAAAAUGUAAAAAAAAAAAACAUUUUUAAUAAAGAAAAUUUGUUUCAAAAAACAAUUGUAAUUAAGGAAGCAAGUAAUUGUAAUAAAAAUAUGAAUGAGAAAUUAAAAAAAAACUUUACAGAAAAUAUAGAUUCAAUUAUGGUAAAUAUUCCAAAGAAAUCAUUUAGUAUGAGAAUAGAUAAGAGUGUUACAGAUUCCUCUUCGGUACCAUUUAAUAAAAUUCGAAAGUUAAAUAUGGAGAAAAAAUUAAAUAUCAUGAAAUCAAAAUCACAAAUACUAAAAAUAGCAGAAAGAUAUAUGAGUACUGAUCAAAUUAACUCAUUAAAAAAUAUGGAAAGAAAAAAUGCACAACCACUACCUAAAAAUAAAAAAAAUAGUUCAGAUAAAAUACAUGUAUCUGGACCAUUUCUACCAAAAAAAAAAGAAGAAGUAAAACCAUUAAGAAAACUUGGGUAUAUUCCAAAUUACUUAAAAGAAAACAUAAAAAAUAAAACUAACAAUGCUUUAUAUUCAAAAAAAAAUAAUAAAAUGAUAUUAAGAAAACGAAAUAGUAUUCAAGGAUUUACAUUAUUUCAAAAUAUGUUAGCAUUAGAUAAUUCUGGGAAAUUGCAUUUAUGGGAUGGAUAUCAAUGGAAGAAUAUAAAUAUUCUUUAUGAAAUUUUUGUAUCAAUAUGCACUAAUAAAAAAGGCUAUAUAUUAUGCGUUAAUUCUAAUUUUAAGCCAGGAUAUUUAAUGAAUAAUAGAUGUUUUCAAAAAAUAGAUACAUAUAAGGAAGCAUUUUUCUUAAAAAUUGUUAUUAACAUAAAAAAUCAGAUUUGGGGAAUAAAUUUAAGAGGCGACUUGCUAAAAUGGAAUAAAUACGAAUGGAUAAAAGUAAAAAAGGCAUAUGGAAUUUCUAAACUAAAAUCAUUAGCUUUCGAUAGAAAACAUAGAUUAUGGAUACUAGACCAAUAUAAUUAUUUUUAUAUUUUUGAUACAGAAAAUAAAAAUUGGAUGCUUAAAAACAUUAAUGGUAUUAAUAUAAAAGAUUUCGAUUUUAACGAAAAUAAUUACUUGGUAGCUGUUACAAAUGAGGGAAUGAUUAAAAUUCACAAAAAUAAAAGAUGGAUUAAAUACGGAAUUUCAGCAGAAAUGAGGAUAACAAGUUUGCAUUUUCUAAGAGAAAUCAAUGACACAAAAGAAAAUGAUUACGAAAAAAAAGAAAAAAAUUCAAUAACAAAUAUAUGUAUUCAACAAUAA